CAGAAACUAACUGGACUGAUAGAGUCCCUAAUGUUUUCUCACCAGCCCACUUGGGAUGACUGUCAGCAGCUUUUACAGGUGCUCUUCACCACGGAAGAAAGAGAAAGGAUCCUCCUGGAAGAAAAGAACGUGCCUGGAGCUGACGGACGACCAUCACAACUCCCUCAUGAUAUAGAAAGGGGGUUCCCACUGACCAGACCCAAAUGGGACUUUAAUUCUCCAGAAGGUAGGGAGCGACUAACCAUCUAUCGCCAGGCUCUGGUGGCGGGUCUUCGCGGGGCCGCGAGGCGCCCCACCAAUUUGGCCAAGGUAAGAGAGGUCAGUCAGGGAGCCACUGAGGCGCCUGCAGUGUUCUUAGAACGCCUGAUGGAAGCCUUCAGGCGGUAUACUCCCUUUGACCCCACUUCCGAGGAACACAGUGCCUCAGUGGCUCUUGCUUUUAUUGGGCAAUCAGCACCCGAUAUUAGAAAGAAGCUUCAGAGAUUGGAAGGCUUACAAGAUUUGUCGCUGAGAGAUUUAGUGAAAGAAGCUGAGAAAGUUUAUCAUAAGAGAGAGACUGAGGAAGAAAAGGAAUUGAGGAAGGAGAAAGAAAGAGAAAGUAAAGAGGAAAAAAGGGAUAGGAAACAUGAGAAAAAUUUAACAAGGAUCUUGGCCGCAGUGGUAGAAGGCAAGGGACGCCCGCCCUCUAGCGGCAGAAGUAGUAAGGCAGGGCACCUGGGCAACCGGCCUCCUUUGGAUAAAGAUCAAUGUGCAUAUUGCAAGGAAAAAGGGCACUGGGUAAAAGAAUGCCCUAAAAAGCCACUUAAAAAGCCUCCGAAGAAGGCGUUGUCCCUGCUGGAAGACGAGGAUUAGGGAAGACGGGGCUCAGAGCCCCUCCCCGAGCCCAGGGUAACUCUGAAAGUGGAGGGGCAACCCGUUGAAUUCCUGGAAGACACCGGUGCUCAACAUUCUGUAUUGACUCAGGCAAAGGGCCCCCUCUCUGAUAAAAAAUCUUGGGUGAUUGGUGCUACGGGCCAGAAACAAUAUGUGUGGACUACCCGGAGAACAGUGGAUUUAGGAGUAGGACGAGUAAACCACUCGUUCCUUGUUAUACCGGAAUGCCCCACACCCCUGUUAGGAAGAGACAUCUUAACCAAAGCGGGGGCCCAAAUAUCCUUUCAAGCCGGGGAACCUCUGGUGACCAAUCAAGAGAAUAAACCUUUGAGCUUAAGCGUCCUGACUAUAAGAUUAGAAGAUGAAUACCGUCUUUUUAAGGAGCCGGAGCCCUCCAAAAUAAGUCAGGAGUGGUUUGGCCGGUUCCCAGGAGCCUGGGCGGAAAUGGCCGGCAUGGGGCUCGCCAAGAACCAGCCCCCUGUAGUCAUAGAACUAAAAGCUUCAGCCUUACUAACUGUGAGACAAUAUCCAAUGAGUAAAGAAGCCAGGGAUGGAAUUAGGCCACAUAUCCAGAAGCUUAUGGAACAGGGGAUAUUAGUAAGAUGUCAAUCCCCAUGGAACACCCCCUUGCUGCCUGUAAAAAAGGCAGGAAUGGGAGACUACCGACCAGUACAAGAUUUAAGAGAAGUUAACAAAAGGACACAGGACAUUCACCCCACCGUGCCAAAUCCUUAUAACCUACUAAGCUCCCUGGCCCCGGAAAACACCUGGUAUUCAGUUUUAGAUUUAAAAGAUGCUUUCUUUUGUCUGCGCUUGCACCAGAGCAGCCAACCGCUGUUUGCUUUUGAAUGGAAAGAUCCCUCCACAGGAACUACUAGACAAUUGACCUGGACUCGUUUGCCACAAGGAUUUACGAACUCGCCCACCCUCUUCGAUGAGGCUCUACAUCAAGAUUUGGCUUUCUACCGAGCUUCUAACCCACAGGUAACUUUGUUACAGUAUGUUGAUGACUUAUUGAUAGCCACCCCUACUCAGAGAACCUGCCAAAAGGCCACUGGAGCCCUUUUGGCUGAGCUUGCCAAAUUGGGGUACAGGGUAUCUGCUAAGAAGGCACAGAUCUGCCAGCAACAAGUGACUUAUUUGGGAUACUCCCUGAGAAAUGGGAAAAGGUGGCUUACUGAAGCCCGAAAGCAGACUGUGAUGCAGAUUCCGGUUCCCACUACUGCACGCCAGGUUCGCGAGUUUCUGGGGACAGCAGGGUUUUGUAGACUAUGGAUACCCGGAUAUGCUUCUUUGGCAGCCCCUCUGUAUCCCCUCACUAAAGGAGCAGCCCCGUUUGUUUGGGGAUCUGAACAACAACAGGCCUUUGAUGAUAUCAAAAAGGCCCUCCUCUCGGCACCCGCUCUGGCAUUGCCAGACAUAACUAAGCCAUUUAUCCUUUUUGUGGAUGAACGGAACGGAGUCGCUCGAGGAGUAUUGACCCAACAAUGGGGACCUUGGAAGAGACCUGUCGCCUAUUUGCCUAAAAAAUUAGACCCCGUGAGUAGUGGAUGGCCCACUUGUUUGAGAGUAGUGGCAGCUGUGGCCCUCUUAGUUAAAGAUUCUGACAAGCUAACGCUGGGACAAAAACUCACUGUGGUUGCUCCUCAUGCACUGGAAAGCGUAAUUCGAGAACCACCCGAAAGAUGGAUGUCGAAUGCUAGAAUGACUCACUAUCAAACCUUACUCCUGAAUCGUGAUCGUGUGGAAUUUGCCCCGCCUGCCAUCCUAAACCCGGCUACUCUGCUCCCCGAUGUGGGAAAAGAAGUGCUUCAUACCUGCCAGGAAAUCCUGGCUGAGGAGACGGGGACCCGUCGGGACUUACGAGAUCAGCCCUUAGAAGGACCGGGACUCCUGACCUGGUACACAGAAGGGAGCAGUUACAUCAUGGGAGGUAAGAGGAUGGCAGGAGCUGCAGUAGUAGAUGAUGACCGAAUUGUGUGGGCCAGCGGACUCCCAACGGGCACUUCUGCGCAGCGGGCAGAGCUCGUUGCCCUGACCCAGGCUUUAAAGAUGGCAGAAGGUAAGAAACUUAAUGUCUAUACUGACAGCCGUUACGCUUUUGCCACUGCUCAUAUACACGGGGCUAUAUAUAGACAGAGAGGGCUGCUGACUUCUGCCGGGAAAGAUGUUAAGAAUAAACAAGAAAUCUUAGAUCUGUUAGAAGCCAUCCAUAGACCUAGAGAAGUAGCAAUAAUACAUUGUCCUGGGCAUCAAAAAAGUGACUCUCCAAUAGCUCAAGGAAACAGAAGGGCGGACCAAGCUGCAAAACAAGCAGCCCAGGGAACGAACAUCUUACCCCUCCAGGUGUACCCAGAAGCCACAUGUAGUAAGAACUUUCAGUAUACCCCCGAGGAUCUUGCUCAGAUGGACAAGUUGGGGAUCCAAAAAUCCCCACCCCUUGGAAUGUAUAAGUCAGAAGAUGGGAAAAUUAUCCUGCCCCAGAAAAAGGCAGGAGAAUACUUAAGGCAAUUACAUCAGUUGACACAUUUGGGGGCCAAUAACCUAAAAACCCUGGUUCGAGAUUCCCCUUAUCAUGUCAUUGGUUUGGGAAAAUUGGCAGACGAGGUUGUAAGAAAUUGUGUUCCUUGCCAAUUAGUAAAUGUGAACAAACAUCAAGUAAUAUGCGGAAAGAGACUUCGAGGGGAUCGGCCAGGAGCCUACUGGGAAGUUGACUUCACUGAAAUUAAGCCUGCUAAGUAUGGAUAUAAAUACCUCCUAGUUUUCCUAGACACCUUUUCAGGAUGGGCAGAGGCGUUCCCCACCAAAACUGAGACAGCUCAGAUGGUGUCCAAGAAGAUCCUUGAAGAAAUAUUUCCCAGGUUCGGGAUCCCAAAGGUAAUCGGCUCUGACAACGGUCCUGCCUUUGUUGCCCAGGUAAGUCAGGGAUUGGCCAAGAUCCUGGGGACAGAUUGGAAAUUACACUGUGCAUAUAGACCCCAGAGCUCAGGACAGAGAGCGCCUCAACCAGGCCCGGAUUGGCGAGUAAUUCGAACUGAUAACCCCCUUAAACUUCGUUUGUGUAAGAAUGAUUGUGUCACUGAUGAUUCUGAUGCUCCUGCCACUUCCAACUCUCCAGAACCCCAAUUCCCAUGA